AUGAACGUCAACAAGAGGUUCGACCGUUUCAAGCAAUGGGCCGGAGAGCGUAUGGGUGGUGAGGUCAAGACAAGUGUCUCUGACGACUUCAAAGCAUUGGAGACGGAAAUGGGCGUGCGCCAUGAGGGUAUCGACCGUAUCCACAAGUCUAUGACCACAUAUGUCAAGUCCAUUUCAAAGCGCAACGAGGGCGACGACAAAGAAAAGACCCUGCCCAUUGCUCAGCUGGGUGGCAGCAUGAUUACCCACGGAGAGGACUACGACGCAAACUCCGAAUAUGGACGCUGCCUCACGAUGUUUGGCAGGGCCGAGGAGCGUCUUGCCCGGAUCCAAGAAGCCUACAUUGCACAGGCGACAUCGAGCUGGCUCGAGUCCCUAGAGCGUUCCUUGACCCAAUUGAAGGAUUAUCAGGCAUCUCGUAAGAAGUUGGAUAGCCGCCGACUCGCGUACGAUACCUCCCUCUCAAAGAUGCAGAAAGCAAAGAGAGAGGAUUACCGCGUGGAGGAGGAACUACGGACACAAAAGGUCAAAUACGAAGAAGCGAACGACGACGUCCACCGACGAAUGCUCGACAUCAAGCACGCAGAGCCGGAGAAUGUGAUGGAUUUGCAUGCCUUCUUGGAUGCCCAGCUGAGCUAUCACGAUCAGUGUAGGGAGGUGCUUCUCCGGCUGAAGAAUGAGUGGCCUAGCGAGCAAUCUUAUAUCCAACCUCCGACUACCCACCGUGGGACACGCUCCCGCUCAAACACUGGACAUUCGUUCCAUGAGCGGUACGAGCCGCUACACGAAGAGCAGACCAAUGCCGCAGAAUCCCGGCCCAUCAUUCGAUCGAACACGCACACCCUGGUCGAAUCUCCCGCAAGAAAAGUUUACGGGCAGGAUACUUCCCCUCACAGGCCUGUUUUGAACCGUACCCCGACAUUCGAAGGGCCGGCUCAGCUGCGGCAUGUCCAGGAACACCCUGCAUCUACCCAGUGGGCAUCACGAGCAAACAGCGAGAACUUUAUCACUCGAAGAAACAGUGUUCAAGUGCGCCCGGCCAGCAGAGUGAUCCCCGAGCCUGCGGAUGAUGCUGGUUACCAUAGCGGAAGUGUCUCUGAUCGUUCGGACAAUGGCUGGCUGGAGCCUCGUGCAUCACCAUUUGGCAACUCGGUAUCAAGGCGGACCAGCUCCAGCACGCUGAACAGCUUCCCUGCACACAAGAAAGCUCCUCCUCCACCACCACCCUCGCGUGCGAAGAAGCCUGCACCACCCCCUCCGAUGAAGCGUCCCUUGAUCAGCGCGGCGCCGGUAUAG